AUGUUCGAAAAUGGUAUACGUGGGGGAUUGGUGCAGGCGAGCAAGCGAUAUGCGAUGGCGAACAAUGUAAAGACUCCGGGGUAUGACGAAAUUAAGGAGAAAUCGUGGAUCAUAUAUCAGGACUGUAACAACUUGUACGGGUGGGCAAUGUCUCAGUACAUGCCGUACGGUGGGUUCAACUGGGUUGAACCUAAAUUGAAUGGGUUGAACGAUUUAGACGACACUUCACCCAUAGGACGAGUGUAUGAGGUGGACGUGUCGUAUCCAAGACACUUGCAUAACGGACAUAACGACCUGCCUUUCCUGCCGCAAAACAGCGUGCCUCGAGGCUCGAAGGUUAGGAAGUUGAUGGCGACAUUUGAGAAAAAGGAGAAUUACAUCGUACAUUAUAGGAACCUACAGCAGGCCAUUAAGAAUGGUUUGAUAGUUGAAAAAGUACAUAGAGUGAUACAGUUUAACCAGUCAGAUUGGGAAGAUGAACCAGAGGAUGAUUGGCCGGAAUUAGAUUUUAUGGGGGGGAAAGAAGGGUGGAACUGGAACGAGGAAGAGAAAGGCUUAAUGAGAGACCUUCUACAGUGCCUAACCUAA